AGCUCUUCUGGCCAAUCACAGAACUCUCACCGUUAAACACUUCCGGUUUGCUAGGCCACUUGCCUUUCCACCGGAGCGGCUGGUGUGUGCAGUUAGCAGCGGAGUGAAUACCACGUAGACUACUGGCUAAAAAUAGACAUUAAGAUGCCCCCAAAAAAGGCAGAAGCCCCCAAAGAGCCUAAAUUGAUUGGACGGUUUGGAACCUCUCUGAAGAUUGGAAUAGUGGGAUUACCAAAUGUUGGGAAAUCCACAUUUUUCAAUGUGCUGACCAAAAGCCAAGCGGCUGCAGAGAACUUCCCGUUCUGCACAAUUGAUCCAAAUGAGAGCAGGGUACCUGUGCCCGAUGAGCGCUUUGAUUUCCUCUGCCAAUACCACAAACCAGCCAGUAAGGUUCCAGCUUUUCUGAACGUCGUGGACAUUGCUGGUCUGGUGAAGGGAGCUCACUCAGGACAGGGACUUGGAAACGCCUUUCUCUCCAACAUCAGUGCUUGUGACGGCAUCUUUCACAUGACGCGGGCGUUUGAUGACGAGGAUAUCAUCCAUGUGGAGGGUAACGUUGACCCAGUGAGGGACAUUGAGAUCAUCCACGAAGAGCUGCGACUAAAGGACGAGGAAAUGAUUCCUUCAAUCCUUGACAAGCUGGAGAAAACUGCCAUCAGAGGAGGUGACAAAAAACUUAAACCUGAAUAUGAUAUCAUGUUGAAGGUAAAGAACUGGAUAGUAGAGGAGAAGAAACAUGUCAGAUUUUACCCUGACUGGAACGACAAAGAGAUUGACGUGUUGAACAAAUACCUGUUCCUGACAUCCAAGCCCAUGAUCUACCUGGUUAAUCUCUCGGAAAAGGAUUACAUCAGGAAAAAGAACAAGUGGUUGGCGAAAAUCAAGGAGUGGGUAGACGCUCAUGACCCCGGUGCCGUGGUCAUUCCUGUGAGUGGAUGUGUUGAGUCUAAACUGCAGGACAUGGAGGAGGAGGAGAGGAAUAAGUACUGCGAGGAAAUGAAGACGCAGAGUGUUCUGACUAAAAUAAUCAAAACCGGCUACGCCACACUACAGCUGGAGUACUUCUUCACGGCUGGACCAGAUGAGGUGCGAGCGUGGACCAUCAGGAAAGGAACCAGGGCUCCUCAAGCUGCAGGAAAAAUCCACACUGACUUUGAGAAAGGCUUCAUCAUGGCGGAGGUGAUGAAGUACAUUGACUUCAAAGAGGAGGGAAGUGAAAAUGCAGCCAAGGCCGCUGGGAAAUACAGGCAACUCGGCCGGAACUACGUGGUGGACGAUGGCGACAUUAUCUUUUUCAAAUUCAACACACCCAAUGCACCUAAAAAGAAGCCCUGAGACCACACAAUCCCCCAGAGGGAGAACUUAGAAUACGGUUACGUUGGGCCCCAAUGAGCUACACUCUGUGUUGGUUUUCAUAUUCUUCUUCAGCUCAGCAGUUAUUUACUUAACUGGCCUCACAGAUCUGAAUCGGUUGGACUUAUUCAAUAACAUUUUCUAUAAAAGCAUAGCAUACAUCCAUGCCUAUAAUAUGUGGCACCUUUUUAACUGAUAUUUUUGAAAACAUAUUUGAGCGUUUGUGGUUCAAACAAAAGAACAAUUAUAACAACUGAGAAAUGCAUAAUUUGUUAAUUUUACUGGCAACAACCAACCAAUUAAUUAACUUUAACAACAUAAAUUCACAUUGCUUUAAAACUGAGGCUGGCACUGACCAUUUGUUUUGAAUAUGCAUCAGAUGAUUAUAGUGUCUUCUUUUUCAGACAAUGUUUGAUCUCUUCAACAACAGAUUGCCUUUCCAUCAUUAUUUGACAAUUGCCUUUAUGAUUACUACUAAUUAAUUGGCACGCUCUCACAUAUUAUCCCUUUUUUAACGCUGCGUUAGAGCCUGAACUGAUCAAUCUGCAAAUUCACAUGAACAGUGCCACCAUAAGUGAUGAUAAUAUACAGCAUGUGUUGUUUGAUACAGGUGUCAAGUAAAGGCAAUCUUAAAUAAGUAUGGUGUUUUCCCUAGAAUUAAAAAUUCAGUAUUUUUGCAAUUGAUUUAGGCCUUUUCCCAAUUCAACUUGGUUAUGUUUCUGCUAUUGACGAUAGUCACAAUCCUAUAUCCAAUUAUGCGAUACAUCUCUUAAUGUUUGACUAGUGCUGUGUUAACUAUGAAGACAAAAUAAAAGCCAUUGCUCAGUGUAGCGCUGUAGGACAAAACUUCACUGUAUUCUGAGGGGACGGGUAUUAUUAAUUUAGAAAGCGCAAAGCAGGCAUCCCAGACAAUGCAGGAGGAAACACCGAAUGGAUCAUUUUGCUAUACACACUGCUUUUAUUUAGUUUUGGUUUGGGAAAUUUUCGUAUUAAACGGUAGUGUUCACAUGGUGAGCUCCACCUGGUGUCAUGAGAUGAGAUGAGGCUUCUCGUAGAGGAGCUGUGUGAGUUUCCUGUGGAUCACCUGGUCUACAACUUCAUGAUGCUUCUUGUGUCACCUCACUGACGCCAGUGUGAAUUGUCUUUAUUUUCAAAAGCCCACUAAUCGCUUCACUAAACAUAAAGAAUAAGAAUUCUAAUGGACCUUGGGAGCCACAAUAUAAUGUCAUCCUCAUCAAUAUGCUUGUGUCAAUAAAAGGAGAUAAACCUGUCA